AGGCUUAAAUACCCCAUUCCUAUUUUAUGGGUAACCAGCCCAGACAGUCCACAGCCUCACUCACUGUUCCCUCUCCGGCGCUGCUGAAUUGUAAGCUAGUAACCUUCGUCGACGGCGUUUCAGAGUACAUAAUGGUUAACUCUUCCCCACCUCACGCUCCCCUCUUCCCGCUUCAACUAUUUGCUGCGUUUCUGUUGAUGUAACUUUGAUCAGGAACCAUGAAUAAGCAUUUUAUCCUGAUUAAUCGUUAAAAAAUGGGUGAUCAGAAGUCACGGCGCGAACAGCGAAAAGAAGCUCGGCAAGCAAAGGCUCAGCAAAAACAUCAAUCUUGGAUGGAACAUCAGAAAUUACAAAAUCAUAAGGGUGCUCAACAAGCUAAGAGAACGUUUGGGGGCUCAAGGCAUGUGAACAGAUCAAAAAGUUCAUUUACUCAAAAUUUGAGAGAAGGAGAAGGAAGACAACAAGAUACUAACCAUGAGACAAAUCAGAGUACAGAGAAAAUGAAUGUGAGAAAGAAAAUGAAAGUUAAAUCAGAGUCAUUGAGCCAUGAUUGUUCCACUACUUCAAAGAAAGAAAGCAAGGGCUUGAAGAGAAAUUUGAAAACAAAGUUUGAAGAGUUUAUUGAAAUGGAUAUGAAAAAUGCUGACGUGUUGGCACAGGAGGAUCUAGUAAUGGAGAGGAGACUUGCCAAGAAGCUUAAGGUGAAGGAAGGAAAAUUGAGGGGGAUGGAUGAUGAAAUCAAUUUGUUAUUAAGCGGGAUUCCAUCUGUGCAUGAAUCAUUUGAUGAAGUCCCACUUGGUAAAGAGUUUCCCAUCGAGAAAAUUGAUAAUGGAACUUUGGAUAAGAAACGUAAGAAGCAAAAGUCCUUAGAUGAUUUUUCAGGUAAUGAGAUAGCUGCUGAUAUUAUGGGUGGGGUUUGUAAAUCAGAGGAAACAUCUGAUGUAGAGAUGGGACUGGAAGAAAGUGCCAAAACAACUUCACAUAAGAAAGACAGAAAGAGAAAGAAGAAAAACAAAAAUCAAGGCAGCAGUGUAGCGGGGGUCGCAACUAAUAGUGAGAUAGCUGGUGACAUUAUGGAUGGAGUUUCUGAGCCAGAGGAAAACUCUGGUGCAGAGCUGGGUGGAGAAGAAGGUGUGACCAAGAUUUCUUCACUUAAGAAAUGUAGAAAGAGAAAGAAGUCUAAGGAAAAUGAAGCAGGUAACAUAGUAGGAGACACAUCUAAUGGUGUAUCUACAAAAGCAGAAGCCCAUGAGGCAGAUGUGGCAUUACAGGAAGCUCCUACCAUUGCACCCACACCAGGGAGUAGUGUGAAAUAUGUAGCUCCUCACUUGAUAUCCCGUAUAGGGAAUGAGUCAGAGGAGCAUACUCAAAUCCGUAGACGGGUUCGCGGUCUUCUGAAUAGGCUGUCUGAAUCUAAUGUGGAAUCAGUUACUGGGCAAAUGGCUACUAUCUUUAAUUCUGUUAGUCGCAAUAUCAGUUCUCAAAUUAUCAGUGAUGAGGUGUUGGCAGCUUGUUCUGGUGGUCCUCGUGGCAAUGAACAGUAUGCUGCUGUUUUUGCAGCAUUCGUUGCGGGCAUGGCUUGUUCUGUUGGAAUGGACUUCAGCGCAAAGCUUAUAGCUUCACUUGCCAAGUGUUUUGAGGAUGAGUAUCUCAAAGAAGACAAUCUUUCCUUGCGAAAUCUGACACUUCUGUUGUCCUACUUAUGUACAUUUGGAGUUUGUUCUAGUGAUUUGAUAUAUGACUUUCUGAUUAUGUUGAGCAAGCGGUUGACAGAGAUUGACGUCUCUACUAUCUUGACAGUUCUACAGUGCUGUGGCAUGAAAAUAAGAGCUGAUGAUCCCACUGCCAUGAAAAACUUCAUCCAGAGUGUUCAGAGUAGGGUGAAUGAGCUGAAGUCCUCUCCUGGAGAAGACCAGGCAAAAAUGAUUGGCAAAAGAAUGGAAUUCAUGCUUGAAACCAUAUGCGACAUCAAAAACAACAAGAAGAGGCCUAAGGAUGAUAGUGCACAAAACACAAGAAUUAAAAAAUGGCUGCAAAAGCUAAGAGUUCAAGAAAUUCUUCUUAGAGGGCUCAAAUGGAGCAGGCUGCUUGAUCCUGAUAAGAAGGGCCAAUGGUGGCUGUCAGGUGAUACGGCUAUCACCGUAGAUGAUGUUGAAGAGGUUGCCAGUACAAUUGAUAAAGAGGUUGUGGAAGCACAAAAGAUGCUGCGGCUUGCUGCUUUACAGAGGAUGAAUACAGAUGCUAGAAAGGCAAUCUUUUGUAUAUUAAUGAGCGGUGAGGACUAUAUUGAUGCAUUUGAGAAGCUUCUAAGACUGGAUUUGCCAGGAAAGCAGGACAGAGAGAUUAUCCGGGUUCUUGUAGAAUGCUGCUUGCAAGAGAAGGUGUUUAACAAGUAUUAUACUGUUCUGGCUUCCAAGUUGUGUGGGCAUGACAAAAAUCACAAGUAUACUUUACAGUAUUGCCUUUGGGACCACUUCAAAGAGCUCGAGUUCAUGCCACUUUUAAGAUCCAUGCACUUAGCCAAAUUUGCAGCAGAGAUGGUUGCCUCCUUCACCCUCUCUCUUUCAGUUUUGAAGAGCGUCGAAUUGAGUGAUGCCGGGUGGCUAACUUCAAAAAGGAUCAUGCAUUUCCGGAUGCUGUUUGAGGCCUUAUUUGAGUAUCCUGAUAGUGUUGUAUGGAAUGCGUUUACACGAGUAGCUAUUGACCCUCAGUUAGAAACUCUGCGUAAUGGUAUCGAGUUCUUCAUCAGGGAGUAUGUUGUGAAAACUAACAAUGCAAUUGUUAAGAAAUUCAAGAUUGUUAAGAAAGCCCUCAACAAUGUGGAAGGAGUCCUCAUGUGAACCAAGAUUUUGCCUUGAUUUUCUUGGCAAGGCCUGAUUUUGUAGUUCUUUCGCAUGUUUGAGUUGGUGCCAAAUUAUUAUUUUCAUUAUUCAA